GAACGUGUCUCAUCCAUCAUCGAAGCAAGAUACGCGCAACAUUUCAACAGUGCAUUUACAAUUCCCGGUUAUAUUUUUACAGAUGUACGGAGGUUUUUCCAAGAGUAGGCACGUUCCAUUGCUCUCCUCGAAAUGUCUUGUAAUCUGUUAGCUCAUACUGAAAACGAGUCAUUCAUUUGCAAAUGUCCUCUUGCAAAUUUAAUUUGACAAAGAUAUAUUUUUCAAGCCGAGAGAAAUUAUGUAAUAUUUAGAUUUCAUUAUCGUAUAAGAGAGGUGUAUAAUGUAAGGGAUGUUUUUUUACGAAAGCAUAUGAGAACAAUUAAAAUGUUUAUAUAUUGUUACAUAUAAAUUUAUAUUAACAUCGUAUAUAUAUAACUUAGAUUUACACUUUUUUUUUCUAUUUAUGUCUUCCUCGAUUUUUCCGUUUCAUGCUUUUCAUUUGUAAUGUAUCCUGAAAAAUGUUACGAGAUUAUACAAGUAGAAAGUUUUAUCAUGUAAUAUCGCGUACUGUCAGAUAAUCAUUUCAUGUAUAAAGCAUUUAAGAGGUUCAUAUCUGUGUAAGUUUUACUGACUGUUAAAUCAAAUUGGAAAACAACACAUUAAUCUGUAAAGCGUCUACAUAACGAAUAUGGGUCCAAUGCAGUAUAAAAAUAUAUUUGUUACAUAUAAACAGUAAUGCAUUCCAUUAUAUUCUCCUCAUCUUUCCCAAUCAAAUUACUUAGUAUGUGCAAUGCGCAGUGUAAUCUACAUAACAACAGAUUGUUUAAAUAAAACAAAAGUGAAUAUUCCAAUUUCUACAGUCUAACAAAUAUUACUUCAAGAAAGUUGCAACUUCUAUCUCUAGAUUUCUCAUAAAAGUAUAACUUGAAUUAAAUAAUUAACGUUUAUAUUUAUUUCGUCUUUUAUUUAUGAUGCGUAAACAAUUGUAUACGUCAAACUACGCUGAAGUAGAAAGAGAUGUCAUCAGGCUAAUAUCGCAGACACGUGGAUCACAGCCAAUGAAAAGUCACCACGUAUUUACGCCCUGUGUCACCGGUAUCGCGCUUUAUCGCGUUCAAAGUUUUCCUUCAAGUGUUCACUCGUCGCCUGUGUACAUGAUGGCUGUGAUGGACUGCGCGAUGCACCUGUUCCUCUCAAGCUUCACGCUGUUCUUGCUUUGCAUAAGCUGCAUUCAAGCCAAGGGAAUGCAGCAUGUAACCUGCGGCUCCGUGCUGAAGUUAAUGAACAUGGAUUACAACGUGAGGCUACACUCCCACGAUGUGAAAUACGGAAGCGGUAGCGGACAGCAAUCGGUAACGGGUACCGAUAUGAAAGAAGAUGGCAAUUCUUACUGGCUCAUUAAAGCAGAGUCGAGGAAGCAGUGCACACGGGGGCAACCGAUCAGAUGCGGAGAUACCGUCAGAUUAGAACACGUCGCAACGAAGAAGAACCUUCACUCGCACCUGGUCAGUUCACCGUUGAGUGGGAAGCAGGAGGUAUCGGCGUAUGGGGAUCACAAGGGUGAGGGUGAUACUGGCGACAACUGGAUGGUGCUAUGUAACAGCGAUUUCUGGGAGAGAGAUGAUGCGAUUAAGCUGAAACACGUUGAUACUGAAACGUAUUUGGCUGUUAGCGGUAGAACCUAUGGUAGUCCAAUUAGUGGCCAGAUUGAAGUGGUAGGCGAUUAUUCUCCGAACAGUCCUCAUACACAAUGGAUAACGAUGGAGGGACUGUUCAUUCAUCCAAAUGAUUUCAAGGCGCAGCAUCAUCAUCAUACGGAAUUAUAAAGAUAUUUAUGGCGACAAUUUUUUUAGCCUCAUCUAUAUAAGCGAAUGUGUGAGUUAAUUAGAAAAUAGUAAAGAAUUUUGUUAAAAAUCUUUAUCGUAAAACAUUUUGCGAAUGUUUUGCAAUAAAUUUAAUAAUACGUUCUAAAUUGAAAUUUCGUGGAAUUUUUCGAGUCGAUCCACUCAUGAUUAUUCACAAGAUUAUAAUGUAACAACAUAAUGCCAGAAAGAAGAUGAUAUUGAAUUGUAAUUCGAGUAUGUUCUUACCUUGUACUAUUGUUACUCUGGAUGAAUUUGGUCAUUUUGUAAAACUGCGUUAUGUCUUUUUGAUAAAAAUUUAUGGCACAAGAAACGCCUUUAAUCUUAUUCUUAUUCUUCUUUUUUUAAAUUUUCAAAUAUCCAUUAAUAUGCUAGAGACACUCAGUCUGUGUUCUACCGUGUGUAUGAAUGCGUAAAUGUGUUGUACAUAUUAUUGUAUUUAUUAUAACGUAAGAAUAUAUAGGAACAUAUGACAACA